AUGGCUUCGUCCAUUUCUGAGGCUCAGGCCGAGCUUAUAAGCUCCUUGUCGCCCGACGACAUUCCCAUCAAGUUGCGAUGUGCCAUCUGUGGCAAACUGGCCGUAAAUGCGUUUCGGUUGCCCUGUUGUGAGCAAGCUAUUUGCGAAACAUGUCAAUCGAACCUCCCAUCUUCCUGCCCCGUCUGCGAGCACUCACCUCUCUCGGCCGAAGAUUGCAACCCCAAUAAGUCUCUGAGGACUACCAUCAAGGUAUUCAUUCGAACGGCUGAGAAGAAGAGGGAGGCUAGCCGGCCCAAACAGCCCGCGCCCGCAGUAGCAGCAGAGACCAUACAACCAGCUGGGGACAGGGACGAGUCUGCCACUGUUGUCCCAGCACCGAAUCAGGGCAUCAAUGGCGGAGCACAUGAAGGAGAGGCUGCUACAAGGGCUGUAGAAAACUCGGUACCAGAUAGCGUGCAACAAAACGAACAGAUCGAUGUAUCCAACAGCACUGAGUUGGCAAAGCGGGACGGUCCCGGCGAAUUGGUUCGUCGUGAAGGCGGUGACGCCGAAGGAGAAGGUGCUGAUCAGGACGAAGAUCAAGGCGUAAAUGAGGCAGACGAAGGCGAUGAGCAAGCUGGUGAUGACCAAGAAAAUUACGGAUCUGAAUCAAUGAACGGCGGCAUGUCCAACAUGAUGUUUUCAGGCUCUGGUGACUUUAAUCAGAUGCAGAUGAUGAUGGCCAUGCAAAACGGGAUGGGUUCGAACACCUUUGGCAACUUCCCGAUGAUGGGUAUGCCGGGGAUGGGUAUGGACCCAAUGGCGAUGCAGAACAUGUACAUGAACGGUGGCUUCUCAGGCAUGGGCAUGAACGGCAUGGGCGGCGGGUUUGGAGGAGGAUUUGGACAAGGCGCCAAUAAUAAUAACUGGAACGGCUCACAGCCGUGGAAUUUCGACCAGAAUAAUUACAAUCAAAAUGGUAUCGGCAUGGGCACUGGUGAUUUUGGGAACUUUAACUCAGGAUUCCAGACAGGCUACAAUCAAGGUAAUUAUGGUCAGUUCAAUGACUAUCGCCGCAAUAAUUUCGGACGCGGCCGUGGUCGUGGCCGUGGAUACUACGGCGGCUACGGUCGAGGAGGCUACCAGUAUAACAACAUGUCCAAUCACCUUGACCAAGGCCACGGACAAUACUCACAGCAAGGUGGAUAUAACCACCCAGGUCAGGCUCAGGUCGAAGGCAGCCAAGGGGAGAGAGAGAACGAAGCCAGUGGCACCAACGGACCCGAAACGGAUCAUAAACAAGAUGUGACCCAAGCAGAGGAUCUAGGCGCACACGAUGGCGAAAAUGUUACCGCAUCACAAGCUCAGCCUGGCGAGCCAUCAUCCCGUGACACUCCAGGUAAUGAAGCCGUUGGCGAUAUGGCCCGUCAAGGCGGACCGGGAGCCAUUCGUUCCGUCUUGUCAGCUCCAGAUGUGCCUAUCAAUGCCCCAACUGGGCCCAAAGCUAUGAGACAAGGGCUGCCUAAUACCAGCCUUCACCAUUUGCGAGCCAGAGGUUUCCAGGUUGGCAAUGAUGCUCACCCACAGGUGUCGCCAACUGUGCCACAACCACCAUCUGGUCCAGCGGCUGAAAUGCGCGGUCGCAGUGAAUCGUCUGCCCGUGAGCAGGACCAAGAUGCUACUCGUGAAGAUGUUCAAGAGAGUAGGGAGCAGUCCAAGGAUCGCGACGGACGUGAGAGAUCGAACGCUGACAGCCAACCUCGGAGCCGUAACCGAUCACGCUCAAGGUCACCAAGGAGCGAAAGAAGCCGUAGUAGGAGCUUAAGCGCGAGUCGAAGCUACAGAAGCUCGAACCGACGCAGACGCCAACGCUCAGAGUCCGUAAACGACGACGACUAUGAUGAUUCUCAUCGCCGGAAGAAGCAUCGCAGUGGCCGAAAACACUACGAUGAAGACGAGCAGUAUUAUUCCAAAGACAGCAAAAAUGCUGAAAGGUCUCGAUCUGCGUCCCCGGACGGCUCUAAGCGAGCUAGCCACCGUAGUCACAGAGACAGAGACUACGAAAGCAAAAGGAGUAGAGACAAGGACAAGACUCGGGACGACGACCGUCAGAAGUCAUCAAGUCAUCGAUCUCAUCGAGACAGAGACCACGACAGUUCACAUCGCCGUGACCGGGAUCGCGAUCGAGACCGCGACAGGGACAGGGACAAGAAGGAUCGCAAAGAGCGUCACAGAGAUAGGGACCGUGACCGAGACCGCGAUAGAGACAGGGACAGAGGCAGGGACAGAGACCACAGACACGGCAGCACCAGCAGAAGAGCCUCAACAGACGGCCGAUCAACACCCGCGGACCACACCUCCGCACGAGCGUCCAGCUCACGCACCCGCGACAAAUCCAGCCGCGACAAAGGCAGCAAGUCCAGCACCCCCGUUGACCCUCAUACUCUCGAGCGCGAAGCCCGCAACCGCGAACGCUUGCUCAAGGAAGCCCAGAGAAUGGCUGGCCUCUCAUCCCUAGCUGGUUCGAAACGAAGCCGCGACGACGGGCCCAGCGAAGAAAGUACCCGUAAGGGCAGGAGAACUAGUCGGCGAGGCGAGGCCCGUGACGGCGGGGACGAGGAAGAGCGCAUGCGUCGCCUCGAAGCUGAAAGGGAAGGUGGACGUUGGGGAUAG